UGCUUGCACGCUCUGCACGGGUGGACUCUACCAUUUGCACGGGCGCAGAGGCUCGGAGCGCUUCUCCUGGGAUGAGCUUGGAGGAUCUAAAGGUUGGAUUCUAAUCCUUCGUUUUACAGCUUGCCCUGUCUGCGUUUGCAGUUUGAAUGGCUUUAUUUUGUUAGCCUUUUACAAGCUAUUUUUCUUUUAUGAUUUGUUUUUCUUUCUUGUUUUGUAAAGAAAGGAAACAUAUAUUUUUUUUUACCUGGGGAAUGACAGUCCAGAAUACGAGCCUUUGCCAAAUUGAACAAAUGUUAGUGGAGAAGGAAGCUAUCUGAAAAUUGAGGAUUCUCAAAUUAACCAGCCUACUUCGAGAGGCAAAUUUAUAUCCACCAACUUUUCUUAGAUAUUAACGGACACCCUGGAGAAGUGACAUCAAAUACUAUGCUAGUAUAGCUGAAGACUCCUUAGGAAUAUCUUUGACUGCCUUUCUUUUAUUGACCACCUGCAAGUAAAAAUGGAUGACCGGUUUGGAAAUAAUACUAAUUUUUAUCAAGGUGGCAACACCUACUCUACAUUUGAAGAAGGGGGAGAACAGGAUGGAUACUAUCAUGGUGGUGAGUACCCAGCACAGGAAGAAGAUGCAGCAAGUGACGCAACAGAAGGGCAUGAUGAAGAUGACGAAAUUUAUGAAGGUGAAUACCAGGGCAUUCCCCAUCCUGAUGACAUUCGAACCAACAAGAAAGCAGCAAGGGCAAUGGAUUAUGCUGACCACAGAGAUAGUACAGCUGACAAAAUGCAGGAUGAAGAACAACUGGCACACCAGUAUGAAGCCAUUAUUGAAGAGUGCGGACAUGGACGAUUUCAAUGGACUCUCUUCUUUGUGGCAGGCCUAGCCCUGAUGGCCGAUGGUGUGGAGUGUUUUGUGGUGGCCUUUGCACUCCCCAGUGCAGAAAAGGAUAUAUGUAUGAGCAAUGCAGACAAGGGUGCACUUGGCUUGAUAGUCUACGUGGGAAUGAUGCUGGGUGCCUUCAUAUGGGGUGGACUUGCAGAUAAGGUUGGCAGGAGAAGGUGUCUGAUCAUUGCUCUGACCAUCAACUCUGUCUUCUCUUUGCUGUCCUCCUUUGUUCAGGGAUACGGUUUAUUUCUCUUCUUCCGACUAAUCUCUGGUAUUGGCAUUGGAGGCUCCAUUCCCAUAGUAUAUGCAUAUUUCUCUGAAUUCUUGUGCCGGGAGAAAAGAGGAGAGCACCUGAGUUGGCUCUGCAUGUUCUGGAUGAUCGGUGGGAUUUAUGCCUCUUCUAUGGCUUGGGGCAUCAUUCCUCACUACGGCUGGGGUUUUAGCAUGGGCACACACUACCAAUUCCAUAGCUGGAGAGUGUUUAUUUUGAUGUGCAUCCUUCCAGCCCUAAGUUCUUUAAUUGGGCUUGUCUUCAUGCCAGAAAGUCCGCGCUUCUUAUUGGAGAAUGGAAAACAUGACGAAGCCUGGAUGAUCCUCAAGCAGGUUCAUGACACCAAUAUGAGGGCAAAAGGAGAACCAGAGAAGGUCUUCACUGUUUCUCAUAUUAAGACACCAAAGCAGGAAGAUGAAUUCAUCGAGAUACAAAGUUCAACGGGUACUUGGUACCAGCGAUGGUUGGUCAGAAUUAUGACUGUGGUGAAACAGAUUGUUGAGAAUGUUUUCUCAUUGUUUUCACCCCAGUUCAGGCUGAGCACCUUGUUCAUGGCGGUGGUGUGGUUUACAAUGGCUUUCAGCUACUAUGGGCUGACUGUAUGGUUUCCUGACAUGAUUAAGCAUCUGCAGAAUGAAGAAUACAAGUCCAGAGUAAAACUUUUCCACCAUGAGCAUGUGGAGCACCUCACGUUCAACUUCACCCUGGAGAACCAGAUCCACGAUGAAGGGAAAUUCAUCAAUGCCAAGUUUACAAACAUGGAAAUGAAAGCUGUGACCUUUGAAGACAGCUUGUUUCAAGACUGUUACUUUGUUAACAUCAAGUCUAUGGAUACCUUUUUCAAAAACUGCACCUUCAUUUCAACAACCUUCUACAAUACAGAUUUCCGUACAGAGAUGUUUAUUGACUGCAUGCAUUUCAACACUUCCUUCCUCCACAAUGCUGAACGCUGCUAUAUUGAUUUUGAAGAAGAAAAUGACAUUCUUAUCUACUUAGUCAGCUUUCUUGGUAGUUUAGCUGUAAUUCCGGGGAAUAUCAUCUCUGCUCUCUUCAUGGAUAAAAUAGGAAGAAUAAAAAUUAUUGGUGGUUCUAUGCUGAUCUCAUCCGUGUGUACCUUCUUCCUCUUUUUUGGGUACAGUGAAUCUGCAAUCAUUGGCUGGCAGUGCCUUUUUUGUGGUGUCAGUGUUGCAGCCUGGAACGGUAUUGACGUCAUAACCGUGGAACUUUAUCCAACAAAUAAACGAGCCACCGCUUUUGGGUUCCUCAAUGCUCUGUGCAAGUUUGCUGCUAUCCUAGGAACUUCAAUUUUUGCUUCCUUUGUGGGAAUCACAAAGGUCAUCCCUAUUCUUCUGGCCUCUGCCACCUUGGUUGGGGGAGGCCUGCUAGCACUCCGACUUCCUGAGACACGAGAGCAGGUCCUCAUGUAACUUACGCAAUGACAAGAAUGAAGACCACAGGAGAGAUUCAAGAGGCAACUGCUUGAUAAAGUUUGACUGACAGAUACAGGCGGAGACUUACUUUUUAAAGUGGUUAGGGAUCACUGGCUCUGCAUGCUGCCAUUUAUGUUUUUCUUCUGAUUUGAUUAUUUGAAGGAGGUAUAAGAAAAGAGAAAUUUCAAAUAGUGCAAAAUGGCAUCCAAAGGCCAGGGUUUUCAUUUGCUUGCUUAUAACAAGGGUAUGUCUUUUCUGUCUGUUUUAUCCCAAUCCCGUCAUUUUCGUGUUCAUUUCUAUUGAUCUGAAAAGCACAUUUUAAAAUACUCAGUGCAGCACAUGAAAAUCAAACCCCAAAUGAAAGAAAUACUAAAAAGAAAAAAAACUUUAGCAUAAAGUCCAACUAUUAUGUAACCGUCCUUUUAUCCCAAUGCUAUCUUGUGCUGGGACAGGUUGUCUGAUGGUAACACUUUUUCAUAAUAACAGCACAAUGGACAAUGGCAGGUGAACCAGAAUUUAUUCGAGUGUGUGUCUUUCAUUUAUUGCUCCUGCUGUGUAAUAACCAAACAAUUCUAAAAUGAACAAAAUAAACCAAUGCUGCUCUACUGAAUCUUACUAACCUAAAGUACCCAGUAGCUCAGCUCUAUUUCUCAAAUGUAUAUUGUAGGGCAUGCCAUCAUUUACCAACAGUGAGAGCACUACCAAGCUAAAACAUCACUAAAAGUCUUGGUGGUGGCAUGAGGUGCCCGGCCAAAGACCAGCUACUUUGGACAACCCACCUUCUUUAUUUGAGUUCACAAAGUCUGAAAAGAAGGUCCCUCCUGUAGUCACCCAUCUGAGUGCAUCUCGGAGGGUCAUCACAGUUAUGUUCAUGGCCAUAGAACCAUCUUCUAAUUCUGCAAUCUGGUUUAAUUUCCACUAGAAGACAACAUAUUACUUUAUAUUUAGAUACUUACAGCACGUGGAAAUUAUUAAGAAUUUCAUUUUAUACAUUUCUGUCUUCCACAGACUGAAUUCAAGCUAACAGAAGAUCUUCUAAUAUGGCUGCCAAUGAACUGAGCAGCAAUAUCAAUAAAUGUAACCCAGCACAUCCUGAAUUAUGUAGCUUAGGAUUCUUUUGACUGUAAUGUACAACAUGUGGAUUUUACCAAAUUCAAUGCAUUGUUUUAUUUUGAUAUAGUACUGUGCCAAACAUAUGUUAGUAGAAGCAUAAUUGACACAAGUAUGUUGGGAAAUGUUAGUUGAGAGUUGAACUCAAACGUGCAUUUUACAUUAAACAUUGACGUGCUUACCUUAUAUUCUCAUCUUUUUAAAGAACGCUGUUGUCUUGUUGCUUUAUACCAAAGGCAACUUUAGCUCCUGCACAUAACACGUUAUACAGUAAAGGCAGAUUGUUUUUUUUCUUUCAUAUUGGCAAACACUUCAUCAUUGUAGUAAACUGUCCUCUUUCCCCUUCAUCUAUGUAAUUGUGAUAGAACAUGAAUGAUGUGCUGCAUUAUUUUUAAGUGCUGAGGUGAUCCAUUGACUUUCAAAAUCUAAUUUUUUUUCUGAUGCAAUGAUGAUUCAAUGCCCAAAAACGUGCUGUCCACAUGUGCUAUAUCUGAAUUAUUUUCCACAACUUUUACUUUGUUAAGGUAUUCAUAUUUGAAACAUGGUUGUUGCAGGGACAAGAAAAAGCACAUAACAUACACACUCUUAAGUUAUAUCCAAUAUAAACUAUACAUGCGACAUUUGGAGUUCAUGACAUACUGUAACAGGCACCAUAAAAAACUGCACGACCUCAGGCUGCACUACAGUGUUCAGCAACCGCCAUCCAGCAUACCGAUCAGGACGUAAUUAAAAAACGUACUUUGAUUUUGUUAAACACGAGAACCAGUUUUAUUUAUUUGAAAUCAUCUGCAUGGUGAUUUUGUCUUUUCAGUAUCAAAGAAAGCUGCAAUGUCCCACACCUGUCUUGUAACAAAAUAGUGUAAACUGUACUUAACUAUAUGUUUCAAUGUGUAUAAAUUCACGUCAAGGUCCAUUUGUAUAUUUAAAAAAAAAAAAAAAGAAAAAAAAGCCACUACCGCUUUGGCUAUUUCUUGUUUCUUUAAUGUAUGUAUUCAUAAGCUUCAGCUGCAAACCUUCUGUUACUGCCACCUCUUAAUCAGUAAUUAGAUGUGUAUAAAUAAGUAAGACGAGAGCUUUUCACUUAGACACCAUUUAAUAAACAGGCAUAUAUCUUUUUACUUUUCCGAAUAACCAUUGGUGUUUUUGAUGUAAAUGUAAAAUCUCUAAAAUAACCUGAGACGUUCUGCAGGUUAUUUACUGCACUGUAUCAAAGUAACAUCUGUAUUCUAGAUCUCACCUACAUAAGAAGGAACAACUAAAGAGAACUUUAUGUCCUGCGUUUUUCAACACGGUUUCAUCUUCAUCCAAAUUCUUUGAGAUCAGUUUUUCUUGGUCCAUGAUUUCACUGCUAUCCACCGUCAGGGCAGGGCCAGGCUUAUGAAUACACUACUUUAAUGUUUUGCAUUAGGUCAUGGCCUAUAAGCAUAUUGUUUUACUCUUUUUUUAUAUUUACUUCAUAAUUUUGUCUGAUUGUGUUGUUGGAUGUCGACACAGGUGCUGACAAUCUUCUUUUUCUGUCAUUUUUUUUCUUUGUUUUGUGACUGUCAAAAUAAAACGUAUACAAACCCAAA